UAAAAAACUGCCAAGUGUUAAAGUUAACAAAUAAUAUGUAUGAACUCAGAAACAAACACGUAGUUAUGUGUGAUAAUACACUUUGAGAAACCCUGAACACCACAUCAGCGGUGAUAAGAUAUUAAUUUUAUGAUAAUCGACUAUAUAGAUGACAAAAAAAUUGUGAAAGGCAAGGCACUUGCACAAUAUUAAUUAUUAUAUUUGACUGGCUAUAAAUGUCAAUCAAAUCUUGUUAAUUGUAAGUUUUUAACUUGUGUGCUGUACUAACUAUACAAAAUGGGAGAUUCUGUUCAAACAGUAGGAUUCAAAAUAACUUUAACAUCGGAUCCAAAACUGCCGUUUAAAAUACUUAGAGUACCAGAAGCGGCUCCAUUCACAGCAGUUUUAAAAUUUGCAGCUGAAGAGUUUAAAGUGUCGUCCGAAACAUCAGCUAUAAUUACAGAUGAUGGUAUUGGUAUAAACCCACAACAGACAGCGGGAGUUAUUUUUCUAAAACAUGGAGCAGAUCUGAGGCUUAUACCAAGAGACAGAGUCGGAUUGAAUAAAUGUUAACAUGUAAUAUAAUCUUGAAUUUUUAAAUAAAUUAUCAAAGAAUCUGUUUCA